AUGCAGAAUCCCACCAGACAAAAGCGCCAAUCGUGCGAAGCAUGCCGAACACGCAAACUCAAAUGCUCGGGGUACGCGGGCGAGAGACGGAGCUGCACCCGGUGCCUGGCCCUCAACGUCGUGUGCCACUACCAGGACAAGGGCAUCCCGGGACGGUCGCGGAAGCAGCGCGGCGACCUGCGGGAGGAGUCCUCCAGAGCAUCGAGAGGCCCACGCGAGGCGCGGGAGUCGAGCGAGGCGCGCCGGUUUGCUUUUGCGCCGUCGCCGCCCGUCACGGACUCGAGUUCGACCGGGUCGAUUGACGGAUCGAACGACGAAGGGCAGUCACACCCACCGCUGCAGACGGCGGCAGCGCACCAAGCACAUCGUCUCGGGGUCGACAGCUUGUUUCUGCAGCCGCUGUCGUUCCCCCUCUUUCCGCCGUCAAGCGAUGCGCUGCCAACGACGCUCCCCGACCCGAGCAGCUCGUCGGCCGACUUUGCCUUUGACCCCUUCCCGAUCGAGCUGUUUGGGCAGUGUCCCCUCGUCCGACACCAUCACAGCGGCGAGGAGACGCCCACUGCCACGCUGUCACCGCCGCAGUCGCCACAUUCGUCGCCACAGUCGCCCGCGACCCUGUCUUGCCACUGCGCUGACGACGUAUCGGCGUCCGUCCGGGCACUUCGCCACCGGGCGCAGGCCGUGUCGCACGCCAUUGUCGGCGACCUGCGCGUCGGCAUCGACCUCGUCGAGCGGCUGCUGACGUGCCCCAUCUGCUACGACAUAAAAAAAGGCGCCGCGGCUCACGAUUGA